CUGGCAGCGUGUUCUCUCUGGGUGUAAUGAGCGCUGAGCCUUGUGGGAAGCCUUGGGGAGAGACCAUUUCACAGCGGCAGAGGGGUGGUCGCUAAUAAAUAUCUACUGAUAAUCCUUUGCCCCUCGGCAGGUGCUGAUGGGAGAGAGUCCUGAGCAGAACCACUGACCCCUCCCUUACUAUACCAUGCUGCCCAGUCUGCUAGCGAUCACUGCCCGGAGGCUGCGUGUAUUCCCGGCGGCACUUUGCGCUCAGACGCGUCUCUAUGCAGCCGCUGCUACCGAAAGAAAGAAGUUCUAUGAAAAUGUCAGUAUUUCCCAUGGAGAAGGGGGGUUUGAAAUUAACCUGGAUCGACGGAAGCUCAGGACGCCACAGGGGAAAAUAUUUACCGCUCCGAGUGAGGCUUUGGCCGUAGCUGUAGCUACAGAGUGGGACUGCCAGCGAGAUGUGAUCAAGUUCUACACCAUGCACCUGACCACACUGUGCAACACGGCCUUGGAUAACCCCACGCUAAGAAACAAGGAGCAGCUUAUUACGGCAGCUCUGAAGUUUUUGGAGACUGACACAGUCUGUUACAGAGUAGAAGAGCCUCCGGGGCUGGUGGAGCUGCAGAGAAACGAGUGGGACCCAGUGAUUGAAUGGGCAGAAAAGAGAUACAACGUUGUGAUUGGAUCCUCCACAAGCAUCCAGGGGCCCAUCAUACCAACAGAGACCAAAGAUGUGUUUAGCCGUCAUCUGGCAUCCUACAAUUCCUGGGGAUUAUUAGGUAUCGAAUUCAUCAUUUCUCAACUCAAGUCCCUUGUCCUGACUAUGGGACUCAUUGACCGACAUCUGCCAGUGGAGAAAGCGGUUCUGCUGUCCCGUUUAGAAGAAGAGUACCAGAUCCAGCGAUGGGGGAACGUGGAGUGGGCGCAUGAUUAUGACCUGCAGGAGUUGCGUUCCCGCACAGCCGCUGGGACCCUCUUUGUACAUCUGUGUUCUGAAAGCUCUACCAUAAAACACAAGCUCCUGCAAGACUGAGCAAGGGGGACUGGAUGCUCUUCUGUUCUGGGAAGCCAUUGUAUCCCACCUGAAACAUCUGGACUAGUGAGGGGGAGACAGACGCCUCCUGGGAUCGCAAUGAGAGCACGAUGACCAAGGCGAUUGGCUGAUUGAAAUCCGAAAUCUGAUGUAGGACCAGGUGUCUUGUCUGGAUGAGGAUCACGUGCGAGCUCGGGAUAAAACUAGUAUGUCAGAGAUGUCCAACAUACAUCUACCUUAUGAACUACAACUCCCAUUAUUCCCAAAGAACUUUUGGCUGUUAUUGGUUGCUGGAACUUUAAACACCAGAGAUGUUGGAAUGUCAGUUUUUUUCCACCAUGCUUAAUGGCAGCUCAGUGUUACCUCUAUGGUAGGCAUAAAGAUUCCAGUCAUUUUA